AUGACUUCAUAACGGGGAGGCGAGAUGAAGUUCUCUCUAGCCGCUGUUCUGCGCUCCCUUGUCUUAUUCAUUCAUCUUGUGCAAGGCGUCAUUACCUUUAACUCAACUGCUCCCUCUGCCACGGUGAAGAAUGGUACGUAUAUUGGAAAGUACGCGCCAGAAUGGCAGCAAGAUCAAUUCCUCGGCAUCCCUUUUGCCAUCCCGCCAUUAGGACCCCUGCGGUUUGCAUGGCCAAUGUCUUUGAAUUCUUCGUUCGCGGGCGGGAGAAAUGCUACACAGUAUGGAUAUAGCUGCAUGCAGUAUGGCUCGAACUUCUCGCUUUCGGAGGAUUGCCUCACUCUUAAUGUGAUUCGCCCUUCUGGGACGGCCUCUGACGACAAGCUUCCGGUUCUUGUGUGGAUCUACGGUGGUGGUUUAUAUGCGGGCUCAAGUGCAGACCCUCAGUAUAACGUCUCGGGAAUGACUCAUGUUGGGCAAGAGAUCGGGAAGCCCGUCAUUGUCGUUAGCAUAAAUUACAGGCUAGGGGUAUGGGGCUUCCUCCAAUCCCCCCAGAUCCUAGCAGAAGGCAGUUCCAACGCCGGGCUCCUCGAUCAGCGCCUCGCGCUACGCUGGAUCAAAGAGAACAUUGCAGCUUUUGGGGGCGAUGCGGACCGAAUCACCAUCUGGGGAGAAUCAGCUGGUGCGCAAAGUAUUGCUCUGCAGCUGCAUUCUUAUGGUGGGAGGGAUGAUGGGCUGUUUCAUGCUGCGAUCAUGGAGUCUGGGAGCCAGGUUGGGGCGGCGCUGGAAUCCCUGGCGUAUUAUACGAGUCCGGUCGAAAAUCUUACGAGGACGACGGGGUGUUGGACGGCGGGUAACCGGUUGGCAUGCUUGAGGGGGUUGUCGCAGGAUGAGCUAUUCAAGGCUCAAGUUAAUGGCGAUUUCCUGACAGCAUAUCCAAGCACUCUCUCAGUUGAGGGGAAGUUCAUUCAUGUACCGCUUCUCAUUGGUGCCAACAGUGACGAAGGGACAUCUUUUGGAGUCAGUGGCCUUGACAACGAGACUGCAAUCUUCAACAAUCUUCUCAUCUAUCGAAGCUACGCUAUUUCACCCCCGACAGCAAGGAAACUACUGGAGCUUUACCCGAAUGAUCCAGCUAACCAGCCACCAUACUACAUCACCAACGCGACGAUCUUCCCGAGUAAAGGGCUGCAAUGGAGACGUGACGCUGCGAUUUCUGGUGACAUUGUGAUGAUUAGUGGGAGGAGGAAGGUGUGCGAGGAGUAUACGAAGGGCGGAAUGAACGUAUUCAGUUAUAGAUUCGAUACGCCGUUGUGGAACGCAGCAGUCACAGCGGGCGCUCAACACUUUACCAAUGUGGUAUUUAGCUUCCAAGAGAACAUCUCAGGUGCUCUUGGUCCCCUGCCAAAAUAUCAGAACUACACAAACUUGUCCCGUAAUAUCGGGAAAGCUUACAUCUCGUUCGUCAACGAUCAGAAUCCGAACACUAGUCGUGGCAAUAGCACUUUGCCAUACUGGCCGAAGUAUGACUUGGGCGCGCCGAAGAAUAUGGUGCUUAAUAGUAAUGUGACUUAUGUAGAGGAUGAUACAUUCAGGAAAGAGGGGAUUGACUUUAUCAAUUCGAUUGAUAGGGAGUUGUUGGCUUGA